CCUUAAAACAUAUUUUCCUUGAAAGAUCUUUGCUUUACUAUCCGUUUGGGUUUUUGUUGGAUCCUCAACUUUGAAGAACUGAGCAUGGAAGAGGCAUACAGACAAAUCACAGAGUACCUGAACAGCUUCUCCGACGCCGUUUCUUCUCAGGACGGCGCUUCCCUCAGCCUCCUCCUCUCCCUCUCCUCCAACCACUCAUUCCUCCUCUCUCUCGCCGACUCUCUCAUCCUCUUCCAGGACGCGAGUAGAGUGUUCAAGCAGUCCGAUAAUUACUCUCAGUACAGCGAAAUCCUCAGCCAUCUCUUUCGCUCUCUGCAAAAUUACCGGCUUGGAAACCUCGUCGAUGCCUACCAAGCCUUCGAAAAAUCUGCCAAUGCUUUCAUUCAGGAGUUUCGGAAUUGGGAAUCGGCGUCGGCCUGGGCUUUGGAGGCUCUGUAUGUGCUCGCUUAUGAAAUUAGGGUUCUUGCGGAUAGAGCUGAUAGGGAAUUGGCUUCGAAUGGGAAAGCUCCGGAGAAGUUGAAGGCCGCCGGCUCGUUCCUCAUGAAAGUGUUUGGGGUUCUUGCGGGAAAAGGCCCAAAACGUGUUGGAGCAUUAUAUGUUACUUGCCAGUUGUUCAAAGUUUACUUCAAGCUUGGUACAGUUCACCUUUGCCGCAGUGUGAUAAGAAGCAUUGAAACUGCUCGUAUAUUUGAUUUUGAGGAGUUUCCUAAAAGAGACAAGGUCACCUACAUGUAUUAUACUGGUCGGCUGGAAGUGUUCAAUGAAAAUUUCCCUUCUGCUGAUCAUAAAUUGUCAUAUGCCUUAAUGCAUUGCAACCCUCGCAGGGAAGCAAAUAUAAGGAUGAUACUGAAAUAUCUGAUACCUGUGAAGCUUUCAAUGGGCAUCUUACCUAAAGAUUGGCUCCUUGAGAAGUAUAACCUGGUUGAGUACAGGGAUGUUGUGCGAGCUCUAAAAAGGGGAGAUCUCCGGCUUCUUCGCCAUGCUCUUCAAGAGCAUGAAGACCGUUUCUUAAGAUCAGGUGUAUAUCUUGUCCUAGAGAAGCUAGAACUCCAAGUUUACCAAAGAUUGGUAAAGAAAAUCUACAUCAUCCAAAAGCAGAAGGACCCUACCAAAGCUCACCAGGUGAAGUUGGAAGUAAUUGUUAAAGCAUUGAAAUGGCUUGAGAUGGACAUGGAUGUGGAUGAGGUGGAAUGUAUAAUGGCCAUACUAAUAUACAAGAAUCUUGUGAAAGGGUACUUUGCUCACAAGAGCAAAGUGGUGGUUUUAAGCAAGCAAGAUCCUUUCCCUAAAUUAAAUGGAAAGCCCAUCGAGUCAUAGUAGCAGAGCGGAUGUUAUUUUAUGCUUAAAGCAUGGUACUUUUAUUUGUUUACCAUGUGGUUUCUGUUAUAUUUGGUGUAAAGUUGCUUUAAGAAUAAUUCUCUCUUUUAGCCAUGUGGCUUCUAUUGUAGUUGAUGUAACAUAGUUGAUAGAACUCAAUAAUUCUGAUCAUUUGUGUAUUUUUGACGGCCCAAAUUUUCUAUAUAUAUUGAUUAUUCAGUGAAAAUUUUAUAA